UCUGACCUCACCGUCAGAGUGCGCACGCAUUCGGCGUUGCUAAUGUUCGCAGACUGCAGAACGAGGAACAGAUCUCGCAUGUAUAACGUUCUAAAAGCAAAGCCAAAUGACGAGAAUAUCGUCCAUUCUAGUGGUGAAUUAAGAUCGAGAUCUUGCAAACUGUCGGAAAGAAUUUUAAUUAGCAGACGGAUUACUCCUUACAAGUCAGUGCGUUACAAAAGAGAUACAAUAAUAACUUGCUGAAGAGUUAUAUGGCACACAGAGGUGAAAGUGACUGGGAAACCAGUCAGGAGGAAGUUGAUGAAGAUAAUCAGAAGGAAAAUGAUGAAGAUGAGGAUGAAGACAAGGAAGAAAAGUAUAGCCUUAUGCAUGAUAAUGACAGAGAAGCAGACAGCACAAGUGAUGGCCUGUCUUCUGAAGAAAUGAAAGCCCUUUCUAAGAUGCAUUCAGGCAAGAAAAAAUAUGUUGGUGAAGGCAAGCCUGAGGAAUCCUUAGAAAUGUUUCCCAUCAGUUACAGUGAGGAAUUAGUUCAGCCAAGUCCCUCCCUGCCCUUUUCAGCAUCUCGAGUGUCACAAACUGAGUGUAUUGAGCUACAUGAAGUUGAAGCCACAAUAGGAGAUUUACCAUUUGCAGCUUCUGAUUUUGUGGACUCUCCUACAAGUAGUGCAGAAGUAGCUGAGCAGGAUGCAAAGCAAACACCAAGGAAAAUUCAACAGCUGCAAAAUGUAAUCUACACAUUCUUUACCAGGAGAUCACCAGUCAGAUUAGCAGUGUUUUCCACCAUUGUGGUUGUAGUAGUGGGGCUGCUGAUUUUUGUCAGCAUUUUGCCAGCAAGUUUUGUGUAUGUGGAGUACUAUGAGUUAGCAUUAGCAAGGAGUUACAUUUCUGGAAGAGUGAAUCGAGAAAGGACAUACUAUCCAGGAUGCUACUUACUGACACCAGACACAGAUCUUAUCCGCUUUGAAGGGACGGCCCACUUUUUAGACUUGGCAUUAAGUGUUAGCACCUCAGACAGGCUUUCCUUUGGCUUAAAUGUAACCUUGCAGUACUUUAUUAAACCAGAAGAGCUAGGUGAUUUGUACAGAGACUUCGAAGACAAUUACAGAGAUACUGUAAAAGCCAUAACUACCAGUACUAUUAAGAAUGAAGCUGUUAAGUUCAGCUUGGAUGAAUAUCGCUUAAACCGCUCCUUUGUGGAAGAAAGGUUUAAAAGCGUCAUCUUUGACCGGCUUGGAGGUAACUGCUGUAGAAGCUGCUGCCCUUGGCACUGUGCCCAGGAUUUUGAUUGUCGAUCCUGUGUUCUACAUGAAUCUUGUCAGUCUGGAAUGCACAUGGAGAUGCGACACUUCCAGAUGGGAGCGGUGGAUAUUCCUGAUACCAUAUCUGAGCAUUAUCUUCGCCAGGUCAUUUUACAGAUUGAGGCGGAAACAGAACAUUUUGUUCAAGAGCAUUUAAUCGAAACCAAACACACAGAACAAAUGAAGCAGAAUAUUCUAAGUGAUGCUGCUGAGUUACAAGAGAAUGCUACAGCGUACAGUAACAUCAUUCGUGUAGCAACACGUGCUCAAUAUGAGAAGGAAGUGCAGCUGUCAUACAUGCAGGCAAUGAAAGAUAUGUAUAGUCGAUUGAAUAUCACACAAGAAGAGCAUAAAUUGUCUUUGAUGUUUCUCAGAGCUCUUGAGAUAUUUCAGAUAACUUGUACAACGUGAAUUUUAAAAAGUACACACAUAUGACAAGUUCACCAGAAAUGUUUAAAUGUGGAAUGAAAUGAGAAUUUCUAAAAAAGAUGAGAAUACCUUUUUAAAGUUGCUCUUCUGCUUAUUGUUUUAUAAAAUGUGUAUUAAUGGCUCACUUAAGAGAUAGACUUACUCUUAGAAUUACUUUCAAGGGUAGUUCAUUAUAAGAUACUACUUUAACAAAUCUAGGUGACUGUCAAGAGUGUAUUUUCCAUGACAUCCCAAAAGCAGGCUCACUGUUAUGACAAUGCCUCAUUAUUUAGAAAGAUGUACAAAUAUUUUUACAUAAAUAUACUACAUGUAAUAUAAUUUUUUAUGUAUUUUAGAAUUUGAAUGCCAAUGUAAAAGAAAUAUCAUUCAAGUGAAACCUUUUGGUUGUGUUAUUGUUAGUGAGUACUAUUUAGCACUUAACUUUCUAAAUAAUAUGAAUACUUUAUAAUAUAUGAAUAAAAUACCUUAUAAAACAAUUAUUUAUAUAUCAGUUUAUUGCUACUUUAUAAUGGUUAUUAUAUUUUAAAAUGGUCACAUUCAGGGUGGUUUAAUAAAAUGUUUGAAUGUU